AUGGAUUACUCUCAAGUUCCGACGCCGAAAAGGUGCUAUGCCGACUUCUGCCUCAUUCCUGUCGGCACCGGCAAAGUCUCGGUCGCACAGGAAGUCGCCGAGGUACAGAAGCUGCUCAAGGCGAGCGGGCUGUAUUAUACUUUGCACUCUGCAGGGACGACAGUUGAAGGCAGCUGGGACGAGGUCAUGAAAGUUAUUGGCCAGGCCCACACGAUCGUGCAUAAGACUGGCGCGGUCAGGGUCCAGACUUCGAUGCGCGUUGGCACACGGACCGACAAGGCUCAGACUGCCGACGACAAAGUGAGACGGGUAGAGGAGAUCCUGGCCCACGAUGAACCGUCAGCUUGGUAG